AUGGCUCUCGCUUUGAAGUUGGUGGGCUGCGGCCUGCUGCUGGUGGCGCUGUCCUCCCUGCAGCAGACCUUCGUGCCAGCGGUGUCUGGCAAGCAGGAUGUCCCACGCCCAGAGAUCAGCGUUGCGAGGCCGACCGGCAUGACCCAGGGCCAGGGCAUUGAGGCCAGCGCGCCCAGCAGCAGCAUGAUGCCCCUUGCUGUCGGGCUCUCUCUUGGCUUGGCGUUGGUGCUCCCACAGCGGGCAAUGGCUGCCAGCACUGGCAACGAGGACAUCGGAACCCUGGUGGACCGACUCUUCACCAAGGAGGCCAUGGGAGCCUUUGGAAUCGCAGGAUUGUCUUGGAAUGCCUUCUACCUCCUCUUCGGCCUCUCCGGCGUCGGCAUCCUCGGCCUGGCCGUCAUCCUCACCGUCUUCUUGCCCCCAGCCCGCACCAUGAAGGACAAGUGA